GAGCGUGAAGAACUGUAAGUGCACGUGUCCCACACAGGGCAAGCGUUCGCCUAGCUGCAGGAGCCUGAGCAGAGUUGUGCUGAGCUAACUCUGCUUCUGUUCUGCCUCUCACUGUGCUGGGAAGGCUGCAGCCUGGGGAUACCCCUUCCUGGGAGCACCCAAGGCCUUGGGUGCAGGGGCAGAGAGCAGCAGAAGGGAAGACCACAGUGAGCCACUCCUUCUCCCAGCAGCAGGAGUCCCUGUUCCAUGUGCAAGGGGAGGGGGCAUUAGACAAAAGGGCCCUUUGCCUCCCCUCACAGCAGGGCAGGAAUCUCAUCCCACCAUGCACGAGAUGCAUGGGAAUCGAGGGGGGCCUUUGCCAAUCCUGAAGCUGCAGCCUUUGCCUCUGCCAGUGGACUGGGAGACAUACAUCCACCAGAACCUGCAGAGCCUGGUGGAGGUAAAUGAGGAUGGGCAGGUGGCGUGGCCCAGUGAUUCCCUCUUCCGUUACUUUGAACUGCUGGAGCAGCUGCAGCACAACCUGGAAGAGCGCAAGAGGCUGCAGCAUUACGCAGUCAUGGCCUUAUUGAACAUGGAGGACAAGUAGGGAGCCGCGUCCAAGGGGCUCUGUGCAGCAGGAGAGCCCUUCCCACAAGGGGAGAAGUCAGCACCACUACGCUGCAGAGAUAACGACAGAACUGCCUGCAGGAACAGCUGUCCCAACCCCUUCCUCCCUCCCCAGCCUUCCGCAUUCCCCCUCCAAUCUCCACACCUAUCCUGCUGCAGGCUCAAGGCAGCUGACCUUAGAGGCUGUCUUAAGACCUGGGCUAAAUUAAACAGGAAGUAGCUGACCCUUGUACAUUUGGCAGCAUGUGCUCAUUACACAGCUGAUUCAGCCUUCCUCUCCAGGGUUCGGCCCUCCAUCCCCUUCCCUCUAGCUGUGGCUGUCCCACCUCCACUGCACAGCACAAGUGCCCCACAAGCCUGCCUCCCCUGUUCCCUUGGGGUGCUGAUGCAGGCUAACUGCACCACGGUUGGCAUGCUGGAGCCUCUGACCUCCAACAAGCAGGCUGGGUCUGGGGCAACUCAUGAACCAGCCUCCAAGCUGCAGGCCUUGCCUGGCCUGUGCUGGGGGGAGGGUGGAGAGUGCUUCCUCUCGGCUCUGUGCAGGAAGUGGCCAGCAGCGGCAGACAGGGAACGGAUAGCAGCGGCUGGAUUCUUUAUACAGCUGAGCAUCUCCAUGUAGUUUACAGGAUUCCCAUCUGCUCUUGCCCAUGGCAGCAGUUCCUUUGGGGCCAUCCAUUACUGGUGCCUCCCCCGUCUGCUAGCAUUGGGGGAGUAAAGAGGCAUGUGCUAGAGGUCAGCACUGCUAGUCUGGGAAGGGGGGGGGGGGGACUCUGUUCUCAGUUCCUCCAGGACAGGCUGCAAUAUCACAGGCAAGUCUCCCCCAACUACAGAACAGGGAUAAGGCCCAGCUCACAGGAACACCAAUUGAUUCUUCAGCCAGAGACCAGGCUUGUCUCAGCAAAGACCCUGUGCACCGCAUUUCCUGUGGUACCUGGGCUGUGACCCUGGGUACUGCCCAGUGCCACCAGUGGUUGCCUGGAGGCAGCAUCUCCUCCUCUGGCGAUGAGUCAUUGGGCCUGAAGAGCAGCCCCUGCCACUCAGGCCCACAGUCAAGUCUGCCUCCUCCUAAGGCUGCAAGGAGCUGAGACUUCACUCUCCAUUGCUCACCAGAGGUCACUACAGCACCAAGCAAUCCUGGCCCGAGACAGGGCUGUUCCCCUGCCCCAGGCUGCUGUUCACAGGGCCAGUGCAGAGCAUUGUCCUGCCCUCCCUCAGUGCCAGGCCCCUGCUCCCUGCAUUCCUUUGCUCUGCUCCAGGCUGGGGCAGUGGUUUCAGGGCUGGCUCUGGCCCUGCCCAGCCACCACACUCAAGGGCAUCUCACAGGAUCAGCUCUCUGCUUUUCCCAU